CGCGCCGGCCAGCCCUUUAACCUCGCUUUGGCGUUCUCGUGUUUUUGCUCGCUUUUGUGAUGUAGGGGAUCAGCUUCUCCCACCACACUGGAGAAAGCUGCUCUUUCCUCUUCCCAAGCCGUCACGAAGCAGAGUUUUAAGUGGGUUACUGCUCUUCAGAGCUGUCGCCCAUCGGGGCCGCGUAGGAAAAAGGUUGAGUCCCAGUUUGCGGCUCUCUGAGGGCCCGACCUUGACAUUCGAGUCUAUUUUUGUGGAGAGCUGUUUUUUUGGAGACGUCCCAGGGGAAUAGGGCUCUAGAGGCCAGCGUCAUCCGACAGUUGCUCUUUAUCCAAGUAGAUUUACCAUCCGUGUAGUUUUCCGUUGUAGGAGCUAUCUAUGAACUCCGUAGCAACCACAGUGGCUUGCAGAGGGUUGGGGCGAGCAUUAGUGUGUUGGGACUUGACCAGAAUUUGGAGAAGGUGUCAUGGAAGUUCUGCGCCCACAACUUGUAAGAAUUGAGGGGCGGAAUUACAGGAAAAACCCCAUCCAAGAAAAGAGCUAUCAGCAUGAAGAGGAGGAGGAGGACUUCUAUCAAGGCUCCAUGGAGGACGCCGGUGAGCCCUGUGAUGCCUAUGACGUGGAGCAGACCCCACAAGGAUUCCGCUGUACCGUGCGGGCCCCCAGCCUGCUGUACAAGCAUAUAGUUGGAAAGAGAGGGGACACUAGGAAGAAAAUAGAGCUGGAGACUAAAACCUCUAUCAGCAUUCCUAAACCUGGACAAGAUGGAGAAAUUGUUAUCACCGGCCAGUAUCGAAAUGGUGUGAUUUCCGCCCGAACUCGGAUUGAUGUUCUCUUGGACACUUUUAGGAGAAAGCAGCCCUUCACUCACUUCCUUGCCUUCUUCCUCAACGAAGCUGAGGUUCAGGAGGGAUUUCUGAAGUUCCAGCAGGCAGUUCUGGAGAAGUGCUCCACGGAUCAUGGAGUUGAUAGCACCAUUUUCCAGAAUCCCAAAAAGCUUCACCUAACUAUUGGGAUGUUGGUACUGCUGAGUGAGGAAGAGAUCCAGCAGACAUGUGAAAUGCUACAGCAGUGCAAAGAGGAGUUUAUUAAUGACAUUUCUGGGGGCAAGCCCCUGGAAGUGGAGAUGGCAGGGAUAGAAUACAUGAACGAUGAUCCUGGCAUGGUGGACGUUCUUUACGCCAAAGUCCAUAUGAAAGAUGGCUCCAGCAGGCUGCAGGAGUUAGUUGAUCGAGUGCUGGAACGUUUUCAGGCAUCUGGACUCAUCGUGAAAGAAUGGAAUAGUGUGAAACUGCAUGCCACAGUCAUGAACACGCUCUUCAGGAAAGACCCCAGUGCUGAAGGCAGGUACAAUCUCUACACAGCGGACGGCAAAUAUAUCUUCAAGGAAAGAGAAUCAUUUGAUGGCCGAAACAUUUUGAAGUUGUUUGAGAACUUCUACUUCGGUUCCCUAAAGCUCAAUUCCAUUCACAUCUCUCAGAGGUUCACAGUAGACAGCUUUGGAAACUACGCCUCCUGUGGACAGAUCGACUUCUCGUGAGGUGGAUCUCGGAGCGCACUGGAAAUGGGACGCCCUGACGAGGUGCUGAAGAAAAGGGUCUUCAUUUUAACCGCCACGGAGGGAUAUGGAGUUGUGGAUGGUGACUUCCCCGGGUGGUUCCACGGACUCACCGGUGCCUGUCUAGUGGAGUGUGGUCGUCAGAGCGUCAGCCGGGACCGUCGUGGGCACAGGGACAACUUGUGUCUGCAACCCUCAGCUUGUUCCACAUUUUUUCUUCUGUGUGUGUGUGAGUGUAUGUAUGUGUGGUAAAAUACACAUAAGCUUUCCCGUCUUAA